GGAGGCUUCUCCCCCGAGCCGCCGCUCUCCUCCACCUGCCAGUGUGCAACCUCCGCCCAGCCUUCGCCCACCCCUGUUCCCUCCCCUCCCCCGCGCGCCUCUGUUCACUUAGACUCAUCUCUCUCCUCUCCCCUCCUCCUCCUCCCUCUUGCCUUUCUCCCCCACUUUUCUCCUCUUUUUUUCUCUUAUCUCUCCUUUUUGUAUUCUCUCCCCCCUCGCGGCCCGGCUCGCUUCUCUCCUCCUCCGGGCCGCAGGGGAGGAGGUAAACGAGCUGCGCCCGGGGCCUGCGCCGCACAGUGGGAGGCGUUUCUCCUACUUCUCGCGGGUAAUUUGGAGGGAUCGUAUGUGCGCGCGCGCGCGCGUGAGCUUCAGGCGAAAAGGGGUAGGAUCCAGCGCCCAUCUGAGAGGGUCGGGGUCUUUGACGUUCCUCACCAGCAGCACAAACCUCCCAGAACAAGUGUGAGUGUGGGUGAGAGUGCGCGCGCGCGCACGGGCUGGCUGCGCUUGGCACGCUUGGUGGCCCGGGGCCCCAGGGCCCGGGGGCCCGCCUGGCGGCCCGGGAUUACCGUGACGUCACAUUGAGCCUUUGGCCACCUUGGACUGGGACACCUCGGGAGCCGCACAGCCCCGCGCCGCGCCUCACCUUGCCUCGCCACAGCGCGACUUUGGGAACCCGCAUCCUCUCCCUUUCCUUGCCCAUCCAUGGGCCCUUCUGUCUUCCGGACCACGCGGGCCGGAGGGGCGCCUUCUGGAGCGCAGGGCUCGGCAGCCGGACUGCCCUCGGCUCUGCCUCCAGUCGUGCCAAGCGGGCGGAGGACCCGGCGCUGGGCACCCGCAGCCGUGUAAGGAACCGAGGCGGCGCACGGCUGGAGGCUCAGAAUCGCGGGGCUGAGGCGGGAACUCGCAAGAGAAGAAGGAGGCGGUCCAGGGACAGCCACCAUGUCCUUCCCGCACUUUGGACACCCGUACGGCAGCGCUUCCCAGUUUCUGGUGUCUGCAAGUUCCAGCGCCACUUGCUGCGAAUCCGCCCCGCGCUCCGUCCCAGAUGUGGCCUCAGGCUCCACCCCGGCGGCCGCUCUCUGCUGCGCAUCCUACGACAGUCGGCUGCUGGGCAGUGCGCGGCCGGAGCUGAGCGCGGCCUUGGGCAUCUAUGGAUCCCCAUACGCCGCCGCCGCAGCUGCUCCGAGCUACCCAGGCUACCUGCCCUACAGCCCAGAGCCGCCCACGCUGUACGGGGCGCUGAAUCCACAGUAUGAAUUUAAAGAGGCUGCAGGGAAUUUUACACCUGGCCUGGCGCACCCAGGAGCCUAUUAUCCCUAUGAGCCGACUCUGGGGCAGUACCAGUAUGAACGGUAUGGAGCAGUGGAGUUGAGCGGCACGGGCCGACGGAAGAACGCCACCCGGGAGACCACGAGCACGCUCAAGGCCUGGCUCAACGAGCACCGCAAGAACCCCUACCCCACCAAGGGCGAGAAGAUCAUGCUGGCCAUCAUCACCAAGAUGACCCUCACCCAGGUGUCCACCUGGUUCGCCAACGCGCGCCGGCGCCUCAAGAAGGAGAACAAGAUGACGUGGGCGCCCAAGAACAAAGGCAGCGAGGAGAGGAAGACUGAGAGUGGAACAGAGGAGUCCCUGGGCUGCCUGAACUGUGACACCAAAGAUGGAACUGCCAGCCAGGAGGCUCGAGGGCUCCGGCUGAGUGACCUGGAAGACCUGGAGGAAGAGGAGGAGGAGGAGGCCGAAGAACAGGAGGCAGUGGCCACAGCUGCGGACAGGCUGGCUGAGUUCCAUAAAGACUCGCAGUCGCUGCCCGCGUACUGCGCCGCCGCUCGGGAGGCCCGGCUGCAGCCCCGGGAGUGCGGCCUGGCGGCGCGCCCCUUCUCGUUCCCGGAGCCCCUGGGGUCGGGAGAAGCUGACUUCCUGCGGGCCGAGCCCGGGGGCCCCACGUUGACCAUGCACUUCCCCUGCAGCGAGAAACCGCGCAUCUGGUCUCUGGCGCACACUGCGGCCGCCGCCGGCGCGGUCGAAGGUGCAGCUCCGACCCCUCCCAGGCCGCGAAGUCCCGAGUGCCGUCUGAUUCCGGGACAGCCUGCAGGCGCGGGCGACCGGCCCGCCGUCCCCAGAGACUCCGCGUACGCAGAGUCUUCCCGAGGAGCCAAAGCCUUUGGAAACCGCCUCUUUGCCCCGCAGGGGCUGCCGAUGGACUGUGCGCCGUGCCCGCGGCGGAGGGAGCCCGCAGUGCCCUACCAGUACCCGUCUGGAGCAGAAGCAGGUUAGCGCAAUGGCUGCGAUUUGCGGAAGGAUCUUGGAAAGAAGCCCUACUUUUCGAACUCACUUCCAUGGUCAGAAGCUGGGAGACCUGGCCAGGGGCUUGGGAGGGCUCUCACUUCACCUAAGAGACAGACAAAACACACAGAAACCCUUCUACCGGCUCUUCUUGCACUCAGAGCUGGGAGUGGCAGGCGGACGUGCAACGCGUCAGACCCGCUGGGAGGCGGUGGCGCCAGGGCACCUUGGGGAAGGCCAAGUGGGAAGGCUGGGCGAGUCUGCCCUGUGCACCCACUCGGUACACCAAGUCUCCCUCCCUCCUCUUGAUACAGGGUCUGAAGCAACUCCUUCUCCUGCUCACCCCCACCCCGCCCCCUUUCACUGUGUAAUUUCAACGCUAACCUGGCCCCUAAGGACCACCUGGGUCUUCUCCUCCUCCCCAUUCCUUGUGUCCUCAAAAAUAAUCAAACCAAA